AAUAAACUACAAACAUGGCUCCGUUAAAGAAACUGAAGGAACAGAGAGCAGGAAAUAAACCUCAGUGAGACCUCUUGUUCUCAGAGGAUCUCUGCAGACCUACGUCACAGACUCCUCGUCUCGUCUCUUCACUUUUCAACAUGUUGUCGAUCAGAAGGGUUUUACUGAGACGAUCUCUGAGAUCAGCUGCUCAGCCUCAGGUGCACCUCUCAACCGGGUCCCAGCAGCAACACAAAACAUUCUAUGAGUUCCGCACCUACUGCAUCCAUCCAGACCAGAACUCCGCCUUCCUCAAACUGACCAAUGAGAAGAUCCGCCUGCGGACUGCCCACUCCGAGCUGAUUGGAUACUGGACUGUAGAGUAUGGCGGCUUGAACCAGGUCUUCCAUAUAUGGAAGUACGACAGUUACUCUCAGCGGGCAGCGGUCCGGGCAGCCCUUGGUCGUGACCCCUCAUGGAUCUCAGAGUACAUCUCUAAGGCUCUGCCGAUGAUGUCGUCUCAAGACAACGAGGUUACCUAUGCAGUUCCCUGGAGCCACCUGCAGAGGCCGCCACAGGAAGGCGGCGUCUACGAGCUGGUUUCCUACCAGAUGCGUCCGGGGGGUCCGGCGGUCUGGGGCCACGCUUUCCAGGCUGCUGUCACUUCCCAUGAUGCACCAGGGUACGGCAAGCUACUGGGAGCUUUCCACAACGAAUUCGGCCAAUUGAACAGAGUUCAUGCCCUCUGGUGGUUCGAGAGCGCCGACCAGCGAGCGGACGUGCGACACGCGUCUCACACCGACAGCCGAGUGGUCGUUGCAGUCAGGGACGCCGUGGUCCAUCUCCACUCUCAGAACAACAAACUCAUGUUUCCAUGUCCUUUCUCUCCCAUGAAGUGACGUCCUGUCUCCACGGCAACAGUAUAUUAAUUAUGUCAGUGUGUGAGUGACAGUAGGAGCGUCCAAUCCCGUGGCUUGGAUGACGGAGUGGGCGGGGCUUGUUUCUGUUGAUUCUUUUUUUGUGUCGCAAUAAAAAUAUCAGAACAAUAAAA